AUGGGAAGUGAAGACAAAUUUGACAAAAUAGAUCUGUGUUUUACUAGCAAUAUUGAGAUGGAUAUACUCGACGAUAUUCUGAGUUCUUAUGGACAACUUUAUUAUGAGGAAAGUAAUAGUUUGGUAGAAUCUGAGAGAAUGGGAAAUGAAGACAAAUUCAACGAAACAGAUCUGUGUUUUACCAGCAAUAUUGAGACAAAUAUAUUUAAUGAUAUUUUGGAUUCUUAUAGACAACUUUGUUUUGAGAAAAGCAAUAAUUUGGUAGAAUCUGAGACUAAAACUGAUUUUGAUUUAACUGAUUCAGAAAAAGGACUAUACUUCUUAACUAAAGGGCAAAGUUUCGCUAAUUGGAAAGAUGUUAAAAA